AUGAACAUAUAAGACUCCUAUACAAAGGGUGAUACAUCUUCUCAACUUUUGAACGUCAGUAUUGGCUAAAGGUUAGAAUAAAUUGCUCAAAAACUCCCUAACUAGCUUGCUUUUAUCUCCCAUUAUCAAGAAGUCUAAUUCACAUAUAUAGAGUUCUUUAAUAUUUGUCAGAAGCUAGGAGCUGCUUUGCUGAAAAUUGGCUUAUAAAAGGGAGACAGAGUAGGUAUUUAUUCUCCUAACAAUUACCAAUGGUGCAUAACUCAGUUUGCUGCUUCAAUGGCAGAUCUCAUUUUAGUUAAUAUCAACCCUGCCUAUUAAUAGCAUGAGCUUGAGUACUGUUUGAAUAAAGUUGGAUGUAAGGGACUGAUUAUGGCUUCUCACCAUCGCAAAAGCAAUUAUAUUAAAUUCAUCAACGAAUUAGCUCCUGAACUCUAAGAUUGCCAAUUUGGUGAGCUAAAUUCACGCAGACUUCCUUCUUUGAAAUAUGUAGUUAGAAUUGAUGACGAAUAAACUCCAGGCAUGAUUAACUUCUAAACAUUGAUAGAGAAAGUCAAUCAAGACGAUAUAAAUCAUUUACAAAAAGUAAUGGAACAAAUUAACCCUAACGAUCCUACUAAUAUUUAGUUCACAUCAGGUACCACAGGAUAUCCUAAAGGAGCUACUUUAACUCAUAAUAAUAUUCUUAAUAAUGGCUACUUCAUUGGAGAGAGACUAUCUUAUUCUCCUUAAGACAGAAUCUGUCUUUCAGUCCCUCUUUAUCACUGCUUCGGUAUGGUUUUGGGUAAUCUUGCAGCACUCAACUUUGGAGCUACUAUUGUUCUUCCUUCUGAAGGAUUUAACGCAUAAAAAGCUCUUGAAGCAGUGACAAAACACAAGUGCACUUCUCUCUAUGGAGUUCCCACUAUGUUUAUUGAAUACUUUAAAGAAUAUGACAAUAAUCCAGGAUUAUAUAAGGUCGACUCUCUCAGAAAGGGUAUUAUGGCUGGCGCUUUAUGUCCAUAACCUUUAAUGAAUAAAUUGAUUACAGAAUGGAAUAUCUAAAAUAUUCAAAUAUGCUAUGGUCAAACUGAAUGCUCACCAGUUGUAUUUUAAACAUUAGAAAAUGAUUCAGUUGAAGAUAAAUGUUCAACUGUAGGAACAAUCUUCCCUCACUGCGAAAUGAAGCUCAUUGAUAAUGAAGGUAAAAUAGUUCCUGUUGGCGAAAAAGGAGAAAUUUGCAUAAGAGGAUUUGGUGUUAUGCAAAAGUAUUGGGGCGAUAUCAAGGCCACAAGCGAAACUAUUAACGAAGAAGGAUGGCUUAAGACUGGUGACCUAGGACAAGUGGAUGUUAGAGGCUACUUAAAGAUUGUUGGUAGAAUAAAAGAAUUAAUAAUUAGAGGAGGAGAAAAUAUUUAUCCAAAGGAAAUAGAAGAGUAUUUAAGAAGACAUGAAAAAGUUUUAGAUGUCCAAGUUGUUGCCAUUCCUGAUGUAAAGUAUGGCGAAGAAACAUUUUGCUUGAUUAAGCUUAAAGAGGGAGUCACCUUAGAAUCUAAAGACAUAUAUCAUUUCUGCCAUGGAUAAAUAUCUCACUAUAAGAUCCCUAAGUAUGUAAAAUUCGUAGACUCAUUCCCUCAAACAGUAACUGGAAAAUACUAAAAAUUCAAAAUGGUAGAAGAAUUGGUAGAAGAAUAAAAAUAAAAUCCUGCAAUCUUCGAACAAUAUAAAAUUAGACACUAUUGA